AUGUCCACUGACUCCCUUGACAAACCCGCUUUCCAGCAGCGCUCUCGAGCCAACUCGGCGUUGGGCUCGGGUACGGGCUCGGACUCCGAGGCCGUGCGCAGUGAUGACCGCGCUCCACACUUCUCCUCCGGCGCCGUCUUCGUGUCCAAAGACGAGGCCUCAGACGCGUCCCUCACAGAAAAAACCGCAGAACAUGUCCCCGACAACGUCCUCGCGGAGUACUCUGAGGACCAGGUCAUGCAGAUGGGCCGUGCCUUUGCCCACAAGUACAAUCUCCCCAAUGAGGGUGACAUCUUUGCUCGGGCCGCCGCGCUCGCGCGUCGGCCCGAGCACUACGAUCACAUGACGUUCCUUUCCGAAGAGGAACGACUCGCGUGCUAUGACGAGAUCCACCAUCCCUGGCGCGUUCCCAAGAAAUUGAUCGCGAUCAUUUGUGCCUCGGCCAUGGGCGCCGCUGUGCAAGGUAUGGACGAAACCGUGAUCAACGGUGCCAACCUGAUUUAUCCGAAAAAACUGGGGCUCGGAUCGAAGUCCGUGAAAGAUGACUUCCUCGAGGGCCUCGUCAACGGUGCCCCCUAUUUGUGCUGCGCCGGGUUUUCGUGCUGGCUGACAGACCCGCUCAACAACUGGCUGGGCCGCAAAAAGGUGAUCUUCGUCACGUGCGCGAUCUCGGCGAUCACGUGUUUCCUGCAGGCGUUUGGCCCCACCGGAGUCCCCGGCUGGCACUAUCUGUUCUCGUUCCGGUUCCUGCUCGGGCUUGGCAUUGGGCCCAAGUCCGCGACCGUGUCUGUGUAUUUGGCCGAGUGCUCGACCAAGAAACUGCGCGGGAUCGUGUGUAUGAACUGGCAGACGUUCACGGCGUUCGGGAUCAUGUGGGGUUACGUUUUUUCGCUUAUUUUCUACCGAGUCCGCGACAGUCUCAGCUGGAGACUCAUGCUGGCGUCGGCGCUGAUUCCCGCGGUCCUGGUGCUGUUCCAGAUCCCAUUCUGUCCCGAAUCGCCCAGGUGGCUCAUGGGGAAAGGCAGGUAUUUGGACGCGUACGAGAGCACGUGCGCGAUCCGCAGCCACCGCAUCUUGGCGUGCCGCGACCUGUUCUACCAGCACGUACUGCUCAUGGAGGAGGAAUCGCUCGACAAGCCCUACCUGACGCGGCUUCGCGAAGUGUUUUCCGUGCGGCGCAACCGGAACGCCAUGCUUGUGGCCUUCAUCUGCGCGUUCAUGCAGCAAUUCUGCGCCAUCAACGUCAUCGCGUACUACUCGUCUGCAAUUUUCCUCGAGUCCGGGUUCACCGAGAUCUCGGCCCUGGCCGCGUCGCUCGGGUUCGGGCUCGUCAACUUUUUCUUUGCGAUCCCGGCCUUUUUCAUGAUCGACCGUUUUGGCCGCCGUUUUCUACUGCUCAACACAUUCCCCUGGAUGGGCGUGUUUUUGCUCCUCACCGGGUUCGCGUUCUGGAUCCCGGGCCACAAAGCCCAACUUGGCGUCGUCUCCAUGGGUAUCUACAUUUUCUCCGCCAUUUACUCGUUCGGAUGCGGCGUCGUGCCUUUCGUCGUGGCCGGCGAGGUCUUCCCGCUCUACGUGCGUGCCAUUGGCGCCUCGCUAUUCACCAUCAUCCUGUGGGGGUUCAAUUUCAUUUUGUCGCUCACUUGGCCUCGCAUGUUGCACGCGCUAAAGCCUCAAGGUGCGUUCGGAUUCUACGCCGCGUGGAACUUCAUAGGCUGGUUCCUGGUGUACUUCCUCAUGCCCGAGACAAAGCAACUCACUUUGGAAGAGUUGGACGAAGUAUUUGACGUACCUCUCCGCGAGCGUGUCGCGUACCAAUUCCGCCAGCUGUGGCCCGACUUCCAGACCUACGUCCUUCGUCGUCGCGACGUGCUUCGUGAGCCCCCUCUCGACAGACAUCACCGUCUGGCGAUCAAGAACGCCGAAUGGGACGACAAGGCCGUUGUUGAACAGGUUGAAGACGUCAACUGA